GAGCCCGGCGCCCGCCCAGCCUCGGCCGAGCAUCGCCGGGCUGCGGGCCCCGGGGCUGCCCUCACGGAGGACCGGAGGGGCCGGGCCGGGCCGGGGGGGCUCCGGGCUCCGCGCAUGCGAGACGUGCCCCGGCUGUCCCGGCCCAACGGCGCCCGGGGGCGGUUGGAGGCGGCCGGGUGCUUCGGGAGAGGGUUGCCCCUCGCCGCCCCGGAGGGGAAUGGAGCGGUGCCGGUGGCGGGGCGGCAAGGCGCCGCGGAAGAAGCGCUGCUCGUCCCCGCUGCCCGGCGGGGCGGCUGCCCUGGGCUGCCCCAGCCCGCUGCAGCCCUGCCGGCGGCGGCUGUUCGGGAGCGCGGCGCCCCGCGGGCCGCAGCCCGGCUGCCUGAAGGGAAAAUCCAGUGUGAAAACCUUACCAAAAAUUAAAGAAAAUCUUGAAGUCACCGAAGUGAGCCAUUCAUCCAACCAAAGCAUACAAGCGAAUGUCAAAGAAAUACCAGGCUUGGAAAAAAAUGAGGAGAAUAUAGAAGACAGCACUGUACCGCUGAAGGAAUCUCUGAUAAUCAACUUUGAAAGUAGAGACAGUCUGAAAAAUGCUGAUGUUACUUCAGAUACAGGAAUGACUCUUCCCACAGGCGUUUCAACGUUUCUCCUGGAGUGUUUAGAUACAGAUUCAACUGAAGAUUAUAACACAGCUGUAAGUGAAAGCCUGAACAGUUGUCCAUCCCCUGAAACAUUCAGAGAUGAGGAAGGUUUAGAGAGAAGUAAUCCUUACUUUGAGGACUUCAUUAAAUACAAGAACUCCACGCUCCUGGACUCCAGCAAAGCAGUGGCCAUAGAUAAGAUACCACAGAUCUCAAAUCUUUCAGCAAUAUUAGAACCUGUAUUGGAAGAUUUUCAAGACCAAUACACAAGAAAGCGACCAUCAAAAUGCAGUGAUGGUUCUUCAGAAUUAAGUGUUUCAACGACUCUGGCAGGAAAAAAAGUCUGUAAAAUUACAACUGCAAGAGAGAGAACUCCAGACCGAAAACCUGGUGUGCGCUGUUCUUCACCAAUAGGACCGGAAAGAAAGCCUGACAUUCAGACUGCCGAACCCAGAGGGGUGAAGUGCAAGAGAAAUGAAGAAUUUUCUAAUCCGUUAGAAGAUGAUGCAUCAUCACUCAGUCAGCUUGAAUCUGUCCCAGCAAAUGUUUCAGCCAAAUCAGUGGGGGUGACAGCAGAAGCACUGCCAUCCAGACAGACAGAUGCUGUGGUGCAAAUGAAUUCUACUGUGCCGAUCAUGGAGAAAAAAAAAGCCCUAGAAAACACUGAUUAUGCUCAGCGUGCAAAGCUAGAUCCUUUGUGUUCUGGAAAAGAAAUCUGCUCCAUUGUCAGAACCUCACCAGGUGAUAGGUCUUCCAGGCAUCACCAAAUUCCAGUUAACACAAAAAAGUUCCACCUUCCUGAAGGAGUGCCUGAAGAUAUUAUUACAAGUACCAAAAAUUGGAUCCACUGUAAACGCAGAUGAGGCUUCUGGGUUUCAGCAGGAGUCAACAGAAGAAGCCAAGGGAGGUGAAACGGAAGUACUAAUAAGUAAUUAAUGGCCACAUUUUUUGGCAUGUACAUUAUCUGAAACUUAGUAUACUGUUUGCAGAAAGUCUGUAAAUCCCU